CGAGACUCGAGAGAGGCCGACAAAGACUCCGAACCGAAGACCACUUUCAAUUCGGCGUUUACUGAACGCUGAGUUACAUACGGUAUCACCGCGCUGAAGUCUCAUUCCUGCAGGGCUCUGUACGGCUCGGUCAUAUACGUUCAGGGCCUGCCCUCCGCUUCUUCCCCUCUUCCCCACUUCCCCAGGGGAAUGACCUUCGUGCUACGGCGCGCAACCAGUCAUCUCACGAUGUUGCCGCAAUUGAAUCGGUCCGUUCAGGUUUAUCCGUCAACAAGCUUUAAGCUUUUCAGGCUUCGGGGUCGAGUGGAGUAAUCGAGCCAUCGUGGGAGAGACAAGCUCACUAGGAGGCGGCGGGGAAGUUGGAUAUUGUGAACAUAUAAGAGCAUGCUCGUUCUAGCUACAAUGACUUCAUUCGUUUUAUUGUUACUUCCAGACUCAUCUCAUCAUGCGCCUCCUCCCCUCGUCGUGUGCAGGGGCUCUCUCUUUGCUCUGCUCCCUGGCGAUCGCAGCACCUACGGAAUUGAAAGCCAGAGAUUUGAGCUCUUUUAUAGCUUCAGAGAGAGCAAUUGCAUUGCAGGGCGCGCUCAAUAACAUUGGACCCGAUGGCUCAGCAGUACCAGGGGCUGGAGCGGGCUUCGUAGUCGCAAGUCCUUCAAAGGCCAAUCCCGAUUACUUCUACACAUGGAGUCGGGACUCAGCCUUGACAUUGAAAAUGAUCAUUGAUGAGUUUAUCCUUGGAAACACCACCCUCCAGACGAUAAUCGAACAAUAUAUCCAUGCCCAAGCAGUUCUUCAGACCGUUUCCAAUCCAUCUGGAACCUUCCUGCCUGACGGUGUCGGAUUAGGAGAGCCAAAGUUCAUGGUCGAUGGAACUCGGUUCAAUGGGCCUUGGGGACGGCCUCAACGUGACGGCCCAGCUCUCCGCGCUAUUGCCUUAAUGACCUAUAGUAAUUGGCUCAUUAAGAAUGGUCAAUUUGCGGAGGCCAAGACAAAGAUAUGGCCCAUUAUUGCCAACGAUCUCUCAUACGUGGGACAAUAUUGGAACCAGAGUGGUUUUGACCUUUGGGAAGAAACUUACGCAUCCAGCUUCUUCACCAUCCAGAACCAGCACCGAGCUCUUGUCGAGGGUGCGCAGCUCGCCCAUGAUCUCGGUGUCACAUGUACAGGCUGUGACCAGGCACCGGAGGUUCUCUGCUUCCUCCAAAGUUUCUGGAACGGUAAAUACAUCGUGUCGAACAUCAACGUCAAUAACGGCCGAACUGGCUUGGAUGGAAACUCCAUACUAGGGGCCAUCUCAACUUUUGAUAUCGAUGCGUACUGCGAUAGUCCAACCUUGCAACCUUGCCAUAGCCAGUCUUUGGCAAAUUUCAAGGUCUUGACAGACACUUUUAGGAACUUGUAUACCAUCAACGCUGGCAUUCCGGAAGGCCAAGGGGUAGCUGUCGGGAGAUACGCCGAGGACGUUUACAUGGGCGGUAAUCCAUGGUAUCUGAUCACCACCGCAGCAGCAGAGUUCUUGUAUGAUGCAGUAGCACAGUGGAAGGCUCGUCAUGUGCUCACCGUUGACGAGACGUCUCUCGCAUUCUUCAAAGAUAUCUACCCCGAAGUCACCGUCCGCGAGUACAAAAGCGGGAACGCCAACAGCCCAUUCGCACAGAUCAUGGAUGCUGUGACCGCCUACGCCGACUCGUACGUCGCCAUCGCCGAGAAAUACAUCCCCUCCAACGGAUCCCUCUCGGAGCAAUUCAACCGCGAUACAGGAACCCCCCUAUCCGCCAUCGACCUCACCUGGUCCUACGCCGCCUUCAUAACCAUGUCUCAACGCCGCGCCGGCCAAUACCCCAGCAGCUGGGGCUCCCGCAACGCCUUGCCGCCUCCUACCACCUGCUCCGCCAGCUCCACCCCGGGCAUCUACACCCCCGCCACCGCCGCCGGCGCCCCCAACGUAACAUCCAGCUGCCAGGUCAGCAUCACCUUCAACAUCAACGCCACCACCUACUACGGCGAGAACCUCUACGUGAUCGGUAACUCGUCAGAUCUGGGCGCCUGGAAUAUCGCCGAUGCGUACCCGCUCAGCGCCAGUGCAUAUACGCAGGACCGCCCGCUCUGGAGUGCCGCUAUCCCGUUGAAUGCGGGUGAGGUUAUUAGCUAUCAGUAUGUGCGCCAGGAAGACUGUGAUCAGCCGUAUAUAUACGAGACGGUUAAUCGCACCCUGACGGUACCCGCGUGUGGAGGCGCGGCUGUCACUACGGAUGAUGCGUGGAUGGGACCGGUGGGCUCAUCUGGGAAUUGCUGAAGGGGGUUUGGGGUUUGGGAUUGAAGAUAGAUAGAUG